AUGCAGACACUCCUUUCGAUCUCACGCAUGGCUGUAGGGCUUGGCUUCCUGGCCACCCCCAAGUCACUUGCUUCUGUUUUUAUCAUGCCAUUUAGCCCAGAAGCCGCGAUUGGCUGUAAAAUGGCCGGGAGUCGGGACCUUGUCCUAGGAGCUCUUCUCUACGCUUGCUACUCUGAAGGUUCACCAAUUCUUGUGGGCAAGACCACCAACCCAAGUGAGCAGCCUUUACUUUCAAGCUCGGGUCAGCCCCAAACGCGUAUUAGCUGGAACAACACCCAACGAGCCCUGGCUGCGGGAAUGAUCGUUGAUGGGUUUGAUGUACUAAGUGUGCUGUGGUGCUAUCUAGAUGGGACACUGCCGAUCGAGGCAGCCGGGACACUGGGCGGAGGCGCGUCUCUUCUACUUGGAUUAGGAGUUUACUGUAUGGUCAACGAGAGCAUGUAA